AUGGCGGCGAACGAGCGCGUCGAAGGGAGCGGCUGCUAUGGGGCUGUUCGGGGGCUGCUUGGGGCCAUUCCAGACGUGAAAUGGCUGCUGGUGGUGGCGGUUAGGCGGCUGGACAGCGGCAGGGACAGAAUGGUGGCUGGUGGUGGCAUCGUGGCAGUUGGGACGGUGGCGGACGAGCGGCUCAAUCGGCGGGUGCAACCGGCAAGCGACGAAGCUGGAAACUCGGCUGGAAAACAGUCGGCGCCGGGGAGUUUCGGGGCAACUGGGGCGGCGCUGCUCGGCCAGGGGAAAAGCUGGGGUGGCGGUGGUGUGACGGCGGGGUGGAGCGGCCCUCGGCGAUGGCUGGUCCGGCGAGGAGGGGCUGGUCUGGCGGCUGAAAAUGAGAAGCAGAAGCGAAGAAGUAGCAGAAGACACGAAGCAGGAGCGGCCAAGAAGAAGAGGAAAAGAAGAAGAAGAAGAAGAGAAGGGGAGUGGCUGGAUGAGACGUCAAGAGGACUUGAAAGUGAUGACGUGCCCAAGAGUUACUUGACUGAAGAGGAAAUCCAGAAAGUGGUCAGGGAAGAAUUGGAGCGUCAAGUGCCUCCCUUAGCUGAUCUUAUUAUGAGUCACAUCCUGGAUAAAAUAGUGCAACCGAUUCUCUCAUUGGUGAAGGAUGAUACCAUUGAGAGAGAGGUAAGGGAAAGGUUGGAGCACGCAAGUUCUCAAUCUCCUCAACUUGUAAGAUCUUCUGGCAAAUGUCGAAAGAAGGAUGAGGGGAGAAACUUGCAGCUUCAAUUCAAAACCAGCCUACCCUCUUCUCUCUAUACUGGGCAGAAACUAAAAGGAGAGCACGGCGGGCCCAUUGUUGUCGUGUUAGUAAAUGCAAACACAGGCAAUAUUGUCGAAUCAGGUCCAGAGUCCUCUAUUAAGUUAAAAGUUGUGGUGCUUGACGGUGAUUUCGGGACAGGUGCUUAUGAUAACUGGACCCAGGAAGAAUUUGAGAAAUCUGUAGUCAGAGAACGCGAAGGGAAGAGGCCUCUGCUUAAUGGAAACCCUGUAGUGACUCUUAAAGGAGGCACUGGGGUGCUGGGUGAUGUAUGGUUCACCGACAAUUCAAGCUGGACUAGGAUCGGGUUCAGGAUAGGAUUACAGGCAUCGCCUGGAUAUUGUGAGAAUAUCUGUGAAGCGAUAACGGAGCCAUUCACUGUGAAGGAAAGUAGAGGACAGGCGAACGAGAAACAUUUUCCACCUACACAUGGUGAUGAGGUCUGGAGAUUGAAAAAUAUUGGGAGGAAUGGAACAUUUCACACGAACCUGAGUAAAGCUGGAAUAUGCAACGUGGGAAAGUUUUUACAGCUACUCGACACGGACCCCGAGAAACUGCGAAAUAUUCUCGGAGAGAAGAUGACAAAAAAUAAGUGGGAUGACCUCCUAAGUCAUGCAAAAGAAACUUGCCCUCUGAAUGGGAACCGUCACGUGUUUAUCGAUAAUGAAGGUGACAAUGGCCGUCAACUCACUGACCAUACUGCAGAUCGGGUGCAUCGUGCUGCUGGCAAAUUUCCUCUCAAGCAGGAGAACCACGGAGAAACAAUCGGGAAAGCCUCAAGCUCUUUUCCAUCUCAAGUCCCUGAAGGACACAUUGAAAAUCUCACCCCUGUUCAACAUAAUUUGGCUCCAAGAACCUGUCCUCCAGUUGGUCCGGAAGUUCCUCUGGCGAAUGCGGGCUCCACUGCUAAAGUUCUUUCUCCAGGACAUGAUGGUGUAACUGCUUUGCCAUUGCCAGUACAGUCCCCAAAUACCUAUUUUGGAAAUCCCGUGGAGCUUUCAUCUAAUGAAAUUGCUCGACCCGUUUCACAUCAGCCCACAUUUGCAAACAACUGGAAUGGUCUUAUUUCUCCGGGAGGUAAUGGUAUUACUAAUGGCGGAUUGCCAACACAGCCCCAUGAUAUCAAUUUACAAUAUGCCGUGCCUAGCCAAAUGAUCGAUCCUUCGAGGCAAAUGCACUCUACAGUAAAUGAGCAUGUUCUCCCAUCUAGACCCACCUCUCCCGCAAUAUCAAGCUUUCGAAAUGGACAUAAUGGUGUAACUGCUUUGCCAUUGCCGUUACAGUCCCAAAAUACCUAUUUUGGAAAUCCCAUGGAGCUUUCAGCUAAUGAAAUUGCUUGUCCUGGUUCACAUCAGCCCACAUCUGCAAACAACUGGAAUGGUCUUAUUUCUCCGGGAGAUAAUGGUAUCACUACUGGCGGAUUGCCAACACAGCCCCAUGAUAUCAAUUUACAAUAUGCCAUGCCUAGCCAAAUGAUCGAUCCUUCAAGGCAAAUGGACUCUACAGUAAAUGAGCAUGUUCUCCCCUCUAGACCAACCUGUACCUCAAUAUCAAGCUUCCGAAAUGUUCUUUCUCCGGGACAUGAUGGUGUAACUGCUUUGCCAUUGCCAGUACAGUCCCAAAAUACCUAUUUUGGAAAUCCCAUGGAGCUUUCAGCUAAUGAAAUUGCUCGUUCCGCUUCACAUCAGCCCACAUCUGCAAACAACUGGAAUGGUCUAAUUUCUCCGGGAGAUAAUGGUAUUACUACUGGCGGAUUGCCAACACAGUCCCAUGAUAUCGAUUUACGAUAUACCAUGCCUAGCCAAAUGAUCGAUCCUUCGAGGCAAAUGCACUCUACAUUAAAUGAGCAUGUUCUCCCGUGUAGACCCACCUCUCCCACAAUAUCAAGCUUUCGAAAUGGACAUAAUGGUGUAACUACUUUGCCAUUGUCGGUACAGUCCCAAAAUACCUAUUUUGGAAAUCCCAUGGAGCUUUCAGCUAUUGAAAUUUCUUGUUCCACUUCACAUCAGCCCACAUCUGCAAACAACUGGAAUGGUCUAAUUUCUCCGGGAGAUAAUGGUAUUACUACUGGCGGAUUGCCAACACAGUCCCAUGAUAUCAAUUUACAAUAUGCCAUGCCUAGCCAAAUGAUCGAUCCUUCGAGGCAAAUGCACUCUACAGUAAAUGAGCAUGUUCUCCCGUCUAGGCCCACCUCUCCCGCAAUAUCAAGCUUUCAAAAUGGAAAUAAUGGUGUAACUGCUUUGCUAUUGCCGGUACAGUCCCAAAAUACCUAUUUUGGAAAUCCCAUGGAGCUUUCAGCUAAUGAAAUUGCUCGUCCUAGUUCACAUCAGCCCAUAUCUGCAAACAACUGGAAUGGUCUUAUUUCUCCGGGAGAUAAUGGUAUCACUACUAGCGGAUUGCCAACACAGCCCCAUGAUAUCAAUUUACAAUAUGCCAUGCCUAGCCAAAUGAUCAAUCCUUCGAGGCAAAUAGACUCUACAGUAAAUGAGCAUGUUCUCCCCUCUACACCAACCUAUGCCUCAAUAUCAAGCUUCCAAAAUGUUCUUUCUCCAGGACAUAAUGGUGUAACUGCUUUGCCAUUGCCAGUACAGUCACAAAAUACCAAUUGUGGGGAUGCCAUGGAGUUUCCAGUUGAUGAAAGUGCUCCUCCCAUAUCUACAGACCGCUUGAAUGGUCUAUUUUCUCCGGGAGAUAAUGGUAUUACUACUUUCGGAUUGCCAGUACAGUCCCUUGACAACAUUUCACAGGAUGCCAUGCGUAGCCAAAUGUUCGAUCCUUGGAGGCAAAUGGACUCUGCAGUAAAUGAGCAUCAUCUCCCCUCUGAACCACCACUCUAUGCUCCUCGUCCUGAAGGCGAUCACAAGAUGGAAGAUUUCCAAGUCAACGUUGCGGUUCCUGCGAUGAAUUACUCGCUAGGAGAUAUUGACAUGUCUUUUCAGACGGAACCAUGGGAUGAUGGUUCUGUUUAG